GAGGGGGUGCAGCCCGUGCUGCUUCGUUAUUCAUAAUAAGGAAGUGCGGUUCAAUUGGCGCCAAUCUGCCAUACACUCUCACGGAGUUUCAUCCUAAAAAAAUGCCUGGCACUCCAGAAAUAUACACGGAAGAAGCACAUGAAAAGGAAGGCUGCAACAAGGAGCAGAAGACGUUUGGUAUUUUCUGUGAUGAACGUGGGUAUCUGGAUCAGAUUGAGUACAUCUUGCAGUACGGCCGCAGGAAGGGAGACCGAACCGGGACAGGAAUCGUCUCCGUGUUCGGUGCCCAGGCCAGAUACAACCUGCGAGACCAGUUUCCCUUGCUGACGACCAAGAAGGUGUUUUGGAGAGCGAUCCUUGAAGAGUUGCUGUGGUUCAUCAAGGGAUCAACAAAUGCCAAGGAGCUCUCCAAGAAAGGUGUGAAGAUUUGGGAUGCCAAUGGAUCACGGGACUUCCUGGACAGUCUUGGGUUCACAGACAGGGAAGAGGGCGACCUGGGACCUGUGUAUGGUUUCCAGUGGAGGCACUUUGGUGCAGAGUACACAAACAUGCAUGCAGAUUACACAGGACAAGGUGUUGACCAGCUGCAGAAAGUCAUCAGCACCAUCAAAAAUAAGCCAGAUGACAGACGGAUCAUUAUGUGUGCAUGGAACCCCAAAGACCUGCCGCUUAUGGCUCUGCCUCCCUGCCAUGCCCUGUGCCAGUUCUACGUGUGUGAUGGCGAGCUUUCUUGUCAGCUGUACCAGCGCUCGGGUGAUAUGGGCCUUGGGGUGCCAUUCAACAUCGCCAGCUAUGCACUUCUUACCUACAUGAUUGCACACAUCACAGGACUCAAGCCAGGCGACUUUGUUCACACUCUGGGAGAUGCUCACAUCUACCUCAACCACAUAGAACCUCUGAAAGUACAGCUUCAGAGGGAGAUCCGACCCUUUCCCAAGCUGAAAAUCCUGAGAAAUGUAGAGAACAUCACUGAUUUCUGUGCAGAGGACUUUGAAAUCUGUGAUUACAACCCUCAUCCCACAAUUAAGAUGCAGAUGGCUGUGUAAAAGUCACUACUUUGAGGAAAAAUAUGGUGUGUGUAUGUUUGGAAAGUGCUUUUAGAAGCUCUCCCAUCACCUUCAGGUGUAUGCACUGCCUAGUGUCUCCUUCACUUGUUUUCAGAAGGGCUGUGCACGUUUUAAAAAACUGAGUUAAUCUGAAUCAUAAAAGAGAGCUAAGUGGGUAACUUUAUGAUUUUUUUUUUUUUAGUGGGCUAACACUUUAAAUCAUAUCAAGUUCUUACAAAAAGUGUUUUUACUUCUCUUACUGUGUUUUGGGUAAUAGAAUUGCUGUUGUGUAAAGUUCUACUAGAGGGGGAAGGUUUCAGUUGCUUGGAACAAAUGUCUGGUUCAGUUUCUUCAUUUUACAUAUAAUUAAAGGCUAAUUUG